CAGACGAACCAGGCGAAGCGAGAUGGGGAACUCGAGCACAAAGCUGGCAGAAAAAUGUUCGCUGCUGGCGAAGAGCGAGGUACCGGUGGUGGCAAGCUCCUUCAAGCUAGUCAGCAAAAACUCGGAACGCAUCAAGGAAGAUGAUCUCAUGAAAUUCUGGGGCUCACAGAUGGAUCCACGGUUGGCACAGUACAUUACCAACUUCCUAUUUGGGCCACUCGGUUCCCGUUCGCCGGUGGUUGAAUUUCAACGGUUCGCCGAACUGUACGUGUACUGUGUCCGUGGUACCAUCGAUGAAAGAAUCAAUGUGCUGCUGUGCAGUCUCGGCCAGCAGCCCGAAUCGGAAUCGACCGAAAUCGCUUAUCCGCUUAUCAAAGAGUACGUGGAGGCGGUUGUGAGCAGCUAUAUGCGAGCGAUCCGACUCGAAGCAGGUCCACAGUACAAAUCGUGGGAAUCGAGAGGAUUCCGCAUAGUUAAGGACUGCAUACAGAAGCUGGCCGAGAGCUUAGCGUACGAUGUGGUGCAGCAGGGCACGCAGAAGGUUACCCGGGCCGAUGCGGAACGAUGGUUACAUAAAAAUCCAACCUUCCUGAAGAUGCUGGAACACGUGUUUUCCCACCUGUACCAUUAUCGCAACGUGAAGAAUGCGUCCGAAGCGGAUGGAAACGCACGCAAAAGCAUCAUCCCACAGGAGGCCCUUCAAUCGAUGCUACCGUACUGCGAGGGCCUCCAGUACGUACCGGACUAUCCGGCGUUUACUGAUCUGUCGCAGAUGCUGUUUAUCAAUUCCAAUCUACCGGGGACGCAACAGAACAAGUGGCGCUUUCUCUUCUCAUCGCAAAUACAUGGCGAAAGUUUCUCAACCUUACUGGGUCGCAUAAUGGAUCAAGGAUCGACGGUGGUUAUUGUGGAGGAUGCGAAUGGAUACAUCUUUGGUGGCUAUGCGACGGAAUCGUGGGCCCUUAGUCCCAAUUAUGUGGGUAAUGAAAAUUCGUUUCUUUUCACUUUGCGGCCAAAGAUGCGAAGCUUUCCUAGCACCGGAUAUAAUGACCAUUAUCAGUAUCUGAAUCUACACCAGCAAACGAUGCCAAAUGGAAUGGGUAUGGGAGGACAGCACGGCUAUUGGGGAAUGUGGCUGGACAGUGAGUACGGUAUAGGCGAGUGUUCCGAGUCCUGCACGACAUACAAAGGCUACUUUCAGCUGAGCGCCACCAAGAAGUUUAACAUCCGAAAUGUGGAAGUAUGGGGCGUCGGUGAUAAACCAGUAAAGGAGGAUGAAGCGGAGGACGAAAAUUCUGGCGCUCGCUCCGUACUGGAUGGUAAUGCAGACAGCAAGGCAAUCCUCAAGAUGAGUGGCCGAGAGCAAUAUUCGGACGGCUAUCGAGAGGAACCGAAAGAUUAAGGAUUGCGAAAGCACGCCAGAAAGCAAAAGUGUUUCGUGCUGGGCCGGUCGAUGGAGAUCAACUUGGUGGAUGUAACGGAUACGUUCAAUUUCAACUUUUUGUAACCGUGUGUACCAC